AUGGAUUUGAAGUACACUUUCUACAAGAUCACGUUUUUAUGUAUUUUUGUCAGUUUAACUGUGGCUCAGACUUCAGGAGAUCCUUCUGAGUCAAGUAGUCCAGAUAAUACGCCAACUACAUCAUCAACUUCAACGACACCUCAACCCACUACAACGACAUCUCAAGCCACUACAACGACAUCUCAAGCCACUACAACGACAUCUCAAGCCACUACAACGACAUCUCAAGCCACUGAAGCACCAACUCCUGCUCCUGAACAAACUCAUGCACCACGUGCUGUGCUAACCAAUCAACCACCUGCUGUACUAACCAAUCAACCACCUGCUGUGCAAACCUCUCAACCACCUACUGCGCAAACCAAUCCACCACAAAAUACUCAUGCUGAUCCGCAAACCAUUUCGUCAGAUACGUCCACUCUUGUUCAAAGCACAGUGACGCCUGGAAAUGAUACUACAGGAGCUCCUGGAAAUGACACUACAACGAAAGCUGCAAAUGGAGCACCUACUACUACUACUGCUAUUACAUCAAGAUAUCUAUGGAUAGUAUCAUUUGCAGUUGGAAUGAUUACCUUAAGAAUGAUCCAUUGAAGAAGUGAAAAAUAUAUAUUCAAGUAUAAAAUAAAGAAACAUUGAUGUAAUUUUGCGUUAACAAGUGGAACUUUUUUCGCCGCAUUACUUUUCACAUCAUCUAGAAAGCUUCUACUCUUUUAACUUGUAAAUUCAUUUCAGUUUUAUAUGUUUAUAUUUAUAUAUAUCUAAACUUUGCAUUCAUUGUCAUAAUAAUUAUUUUUAAAAAGAAAAUUAUUAAGGGUAUAAGAACAACAUUUAGAGAUACAUGAAUUUGUCAUAUUUUGUUGAUCACAACUCACAUUACUUUUUUAGGCGGUAAACAGAUCAGAAUCCCUGAUGUCGACUUGAUCUUGUUCUAAAUCUUCUGUUUUCAUAAUGAUAAUGAUAAUUUGCUUUAUUUAUGGGUAUAUUCUAAAUUAUUUCUCUUAAUUAUUACAAAUGU